AUGUUCUUCUACAAAUUGGCCAUGACGGCCUUGCUUGCGAACUAUGUUACAGCUCUUCCGCAACGUGGCCGUACUCCCGGUCAGAAGCCUUCGACACCCAAGAGUGAUUACUACAUCUCGCUCGGACCACGUCCCUACUACCUGGUCAAUGACAUGACGCCAUCACCCCUCAAGGACAGGCUCGAGUCAUGUGAGAAUGGGCCAUUCUCUAUCACUGACUUCAGCAUCGGCCACCGCGGUGGUGGGACGCUGCAAAUCCCUGAAGCGACCGUCGAAUCCACCACGGCUGGCGCACGUAUGGGCGCCGGUGUCCUUGAAUGCGACGUCGCCUUUACUAGAGACCGCGGCCUUGUGUGCCGACAUUCUCUCUGCGACCUUCACACGACGACCAACAUCCUCCUCAAGCCGGAACUCGCUGCGAAAUGCUCUGUCCCUUUUACGCCCGCCAAUGGCACUCGUCCUGCCAAUGCUCUUUGCUGCACCAGUGACAUCACGAUGGCAGAAUACAUGACCCUGUGCGGUAAAAUGGACAGCUUCAACGCAAGCGCCAGGAACCCACAGGACUACCAAUUCGGCACCCCCAACUGGCGAACCGAACUCUACAACCAGUGCGGUAGCCUCAUGUCGCUAGACAGCUUCAUUACCCUUGUCGAUUCGCUCCCAGGCCACCGUAGCUUUACCCCGGAACUCAAGACUCCACCUUCCACCGUCCCGAUGCCGUUCAAUGGGUAUACACAGGAACAAUAUGCAAGCGACAUGAUCGAGGCCUUCAUUCGCCGGGGAAUUGACCCCAAUCGUGUCUGGGCUCAAUCCUUCAACCCUCCGGACGUCUUUCUAUGGAUAAACAAGUACCCUCAAUUCGGCAAGCACUCUGUCUAUCUUGACGAAGCCGGCGAGACCCCUGCCAACUUUACCGCCGCAGUCGCACGCUUGCCCAGCCUUGCAGCGCAGGGCGUAAACAUCGUCGCGCCACCCAUGCAGUACCUUCUCACAGUUGGUGGGCCAAACAACAACACUAUUGUUCCUUCAGCUUACGCCAUUGGAGCCAGGGCUGCAGGCCUCGACAUCAUCACAUGGACGAUCGAACGCUCUCCACCGCUGGCUCGCGUGGCCGCCACCAGGGACUACUAUUACUCAACUAUAGCUUCUGUGAUUCGCCGUGACGGUCAGCUAUAUGAAGUCCUCGAUGUGCUUGCGAGGCAGGUCGGGAUCAAGGGUAUUUUCUCGGACUGGUCAGCUACGGUGACGUACUACGCCAACUGUUUCGGAUUAGAAGGUCCCGUGGCAGCGGAUUACAAGCCAUAA